AAUGGGGUAAUUAAAUCAAAUCCCUAUCUCUAAAUCCCAAUGCUUCGAUUUUUCUCGAUCAGUUACAUCCAGAUCUCUUCCGCUUUUUUAGAAUCGUUUUUUUUCUCUUUUUGAUGGCCUCCACCACCGUCGACCACUGCCAUCACCACCACAACGACCUCUACCUCGAAUCUAUCCCUGUCGUAGAUCUACGCCUACUCUCCCAACCCGAUCUCCUCUCCCUCUCUGUAUGCUCCUCCUCUCCUUCUCCUUCCAAUGCCGAAACCGAGCUCUUCACUCCCAAAAUUGACCGCUCCGUUUUCAACGAAUCCGCCGGCAGUCGCAAACAGACCUUCUCCCGCCUCCGCCUCGCUGCCCCCCGCAGCCACCUACACCAUCACCAUUCCUCUCCUUCCUCCAAACCCCUCCUUUCUCGUCCUCUACUCCUAGACCCCGAACCUCUUGACGAAGAAAGCUCUAACAUCCUCUCUCUACUAAAAUCUCUUUUCAACAUCGAUGAUUCGCUCACUGCUAACACCAACGAAAACGAACCGUACGAUGAUAAGGAUCUUGUGCCGGUUCAAAUAGAAUAUCCAAAAGAGAAUUUGGUUUUGCAGAAUAUUCCGGUCGGCAUUGUCAGUAGUAGUGUAAGAAAAAGGAAGCGAGGGAGGCCGAGGAAGGACGAGAAAGAUAAUUGGUUGAUUGAGAGCGAGAGUUUAGUAAUGGAGGAAUAUAAAGAAACGGAAGCCUUUGAUAGGGUAAAUGAGACGGCAAAUUCCGGUAAUAUUAGCAGUUGUAGUGAAGGGAAGAGGAGGAGAGGGCGGCCUCGAAGGGAGGAGAGUCAAAGUAGAGUGAUUGGGAGCGAGGAAAAGAAAGUUGAGAGCGAAAUUGAGAGGGUAGCAUUGGGGAAUGUGGAGGCGAUUUUGGGAAUUGAAGAGGAGUUGAGGAGGAGGACGGAGGGGAUGGGUACAGAGGCGGAAUUGUUGGAGUUUAUGAGUGGGUUAGAGGGGGAAUGGGCGAGUAAAAGACAAAAGAAGAGGAUUAUCGAUGCGGGUAGUUUUGGGAGUGUGCUUCCUAAAGGGUGGAAGCUUAUGCUCUUUGUGAAGAAGAGAACCAACCAUUUUUGGUUAGCUUGUAGCCGAUAUAUAAGCCCUAAUGGGCAACGAUUUGUGUCCUGCAAGGAGGUUUCUUCAUACUUGCUUUCCUCUGGGGGACUUAAAGAUUCAAGCCUGGCAACUUUGAGUCACACUGGCUGUGGCAUUGGUUCUGUUGUCAAACCAACACCUGGAAAUUUGCCUGUUACAUCUAUAUCUUCUGGACAUGACAUGCGAGCUCCUUCACUAAGAACAGGGAGUCCAAGGGAAGUCCAGAGAGCUGAAACAAUAAAAUGCCACAAAUGUACCAUCACUUUUAAUCAGCAAGAUGAUUUUAUAUGCCACCUGUUAUCAUCUCACCAAGGGACAGCAGAGAGUUGUGGACAUAGUGCCUCAACUAAUGAGGAGGUUAUAAUCAAAAAUGGAAAAUAUGAGUGCCAGUUUUGUCAUGAAUUAUUUGAAGAAAGGAAUUGCUAUAGUGGUCAUCUUGGGAUUCAUGUGAAGAACAAUAUGGAGAAAGUUGAAGGUUCAGUUGCAGUGUUAACUGUACAAAACAGCUAUCAGCCUUUCAAUUCCCCUGGCAACAACGAAAUAAAAUCAGAUAAACAAAAUAAGUUCUGUAUCAUAACUAAUAACAAAGGGGAGAUCACUGGUACUACUGCUGCUGCUGCUGAACUUAAUGGUUGUUUGAGUUCUGAAAAAGUCUUGUUUACUGCUGACAAAAAAGGGAUUUUUCAAUCUUCAGAUAAAACAGAUGUUCGAUUUUCUCUUAACUCAAUGGAGGAGAAGAAGAGAGAGAUGGCUUUAAAAAGCAGUUUGCUUGCUCCAAAUGCCGAGGGAAAUAUGUUUAGUAAUGAAAAUAUUGACAAUAGAUAUUUUGCUAGGUUGAUGAAAGGGAUAGAAACUGAUUGGAAGGAUAAAGUUAUGAGGGUUGAUCCAAAAGCUGGUUGUGCCAAUACUCAUUCAGGGCCAGAUAAUAUCACAAUUGAUGUCGAGCAGCAAAAUUACUUUGAAGGCUGUUCACUUACUCUUUCUAGCAACAAACAGAGAGGUAAUCUCGUAGAUUACAUGAAGGGAGCUUCUGUUAGAAUGGAUUCUGCACAGGAAAGAGGUUGUGGAUAUGGUUUAACUUCAUCUAAAGAUGACCAAACAUGUGACAUCAACCAUAAUUUGAUUCUUGUCUCCACUGGCACAUUGGAUGAUCCAGAAUCUAUUGUGGUCAGUGAAUCUGGGAAUAAUAACUCUACAAUUGGUUUUAAAAGCAAGCUCCGAAUCAAGAAACCCUCACAAGAGGACAGCGAAAGUGCCUUUCUAACUUUACAUGGAAGGGGGCAAAUCUUUGCUUCUGACAAUAAUGCAUUUAAGGUCUCUAGCCAGACCUUUGCGGUGUCUGAACUUGAUGAAGACCAAAAGUCUAGUGGAUUAAUUCAAGGUGUGUACGGCCGUGACAAUGGAUUGGAUGCUAACAUCCUGGCUAGUGUCAAGCAUGAAAGGACUAAAGAUUGUCUAUUCGUUCGAUCUUCAUAUAAAAAAACAUUUACUGGCACACUGGAGGAGCAUAAGGAUAAAGGUUAUGAGAGCAGUGUAAAUGAACAAUCUGCUUAUCAGCAAAACAGUAACUAUGAAACUAGUAUGGAUGAAGUUUCUUUCAUUGCGAUAGAGGAGCCCAAACACAAAAUGGAAAGCUCCUUGUUUGGCAAUGCUCAUGCCAGACUAGGCACAUUUUCUCUGACAGGCAAUGGGCAGGACAGUUGUUCCCCACUUUUUCCUGGGAAUGGUGAGAAAUUUGCCAGUAAAAAUAAUAAAGGUGCUUUCGAGGACUUCUUCUGUCUAUCUGAUAGAGAGCAAACACAUGCUGCAAAUAAUUUGAACAUGGUUUAUGGUGGCACAGAUCAUGAUGGGUCCAGGUCAGAGGAUUUUGAAAAUGCAAGGAAUAAUGAAACAAUGGUUGGUUUUAGCAAUCAUGCCCGACCUUCUGAGGAUUCCAUGACUGAACUCACAUGGAAAAGUGAUGAAGGAAAUGCCCUGCUGAGUGGCUUGGCUGAUACUUCAUCUCAAUUGUUGCAAACAUCUGGUUAUUACCCCACAUUCAACCUAAUGUCACAUAAGGGUGAAAGUGAAAUGUUCGACGUUAGUGGGAAGUGCAGCACUGUUACAGGUUUUGAAGGGCUGAGAUCAGAUAGCAUAGAAAAUAUGGAAUAUAAUUUUCUGACUGCUCAACCAAGUUCCCAUUCAGGAAAUUCCAAGGUAUCAUCAUAUGAUUCAGAGAUGGAACUGAAAUUUGAUUCCUCUGUUUGGCUUGAAAAGGAAGCUUUGCCGCUAUUUCCUAAGAUAGCUGACAGACAUCAGGUCACUACCUCUUGUUCCUGGUGUGGAAAUGAGUUUUAUCAUGAGGCUGUUGACAAUGGGGCACAAAGAAGCUCAAUGGUUAUGUGUGCCAGCUGUCAGGCUAGGUUCUCUAGGAACCAUGAUUUUAUGUAGAAUAGCAUGUCUGCAAGCACACCAGCCUGUAUGAGGGACUGCUUCUUGCAUGUGUGAUUUCUAAGAUCUGUGAUUUAAGACACAAGCUGAAACGAGAUGGAAGGCAGUAUUGGUCUGCUGACGGGUUCAAUCACAUUAUCGGCUGGUGACAUUGCAUGAGGCAGAGUUUGCAGUUCUGGUAAGACUUUCUUUUGCGUUCUCACCGCCAGAUCUUUCUCCCUUGUUCCAGGUGAUCUCCUCAUCAGUUCUGUUGACAUUGAUUUUUGAGGAUCUUGUGUGGUUUCUUUAUCUCCAGCGUAAGAAAGAAUCAAGAAAGCAUUUUCAUACUGACUUGGGCAUUAACCGGGAUGUAUGACCUUAGCUUUUACACAUUUUGAAAUGUUUGGUGCAGCGAGAUUAUUUUUUGAGAGUGUGCUGCUUGGGGCUUGGCUCAUUUGUAUUAUAUAUGACACGAUCUACGUUCCCUCCCAAUUUCUUCUCCAUUUUACUACCAUUUGGUGUGUUAAAAGUCUAAACUAGUGGCCUCUUGAUCAUAUUCUUCUAAGACUAGUUGUCAAAAACUUGAUGGUAUUGUAAUUGUCUUCAUGAUAGAGCUUUUCAUAGUAUGUAGCAAUUCAAGGGAAGUAAAGAAAGCUAUAACUAAAGAUAAUAGCAGGAACCUUGUAUGUCAUGUUCUUUUCUGCGCAAUGUUAACAUGGAGUAGGCGACGUAAGUUGUUUCAAAACCGUUGGUAUUACUUUCUGUUCCUUGAUAUGAUGUCUGACUGGUAAAAUGUAUGUACUCUUUUAGUUGUAAAUAAUUUGACUCUUUUCUAAAAAAAAAAAAGAAAAUAAAUAUUGAUAUUGGUAGCAUGAAAUGCGUGUUAAGGAGAAUUGAAAUUUUAACGCCCACACCCCCCCCCCAAAAAAAAAAAAAGGCUUCUUCGCAAUUUUGGAUUGCCCGAAAGACGUAAAAUUGAAAGAGGAAGUAGAAAUAAAAAUGAGAAGUCAACAGUAAAUUUUUGCUUGUCAAUAAAAAAUAAUUUAUAAUUACCUCUUUGUUCAACCAUUGGCCGAGAAAAAGUGCCAAUUUAAAAAAUUAAAAAAAAAAAGGAAAGAAAGUAGCGUCGUGGCGCAACUUCGUGAUUAUGCUAUCAUCAAAUCAUCAUCGUCCCCCUAUCCCAUAUUCCAUCAUCUCUUUCCUCUUUCCUUCCUCCCGUUUUCCGAACACCAGAUUUUACUUCUUAAAUGUAAAAUAAAUUGCAGUACUGUACUUUAUCUGUGGCCAAAAACCUGCUUUCGCUUCAACUCUGUCCGACCUACUUUGUUCCUUCCUAAUUAAAAUAGCCCCCAAAAGAAACCAAAAAAAAAAAAAA